AGCCCGAAAAUGCAUGUGGCCGAGUUUCUGAAUCGAACCAAUCGACGCAAUCGAAAUACCCAAAUCGAGUGCCAUGUCGAACGUAAGCUAGGCGAAUAUGCUGAAGAUUUGGAUAGACGUCGUCAUCUGCUCGCUCACCAGCUCCACAGCGAGGAGCAGCAGCUGUAUGAGGAACUGGCGGAGCUGCAGCAAGCCCAGACGGACUUAGAGCAGAAUAAGCGCAUUGAAUGGAUCCAAAUGGCGCUGAUGAGAGACGAGGCAGCGGAACGUGAGCUGCUCGAACAGAAGCAACAGCAGCGAGAAAUUGAAAACUCAGAAGAGCAUCGCCACGAGGAGACGAGGCAAAUACUGCUGGCUACCAAAGAGGCGCAGCUCUAUCAGAUUGAGGAGCGCAAAGAACGGCGACGUCGCGCUGCCCAAAUGGAGGCGAUUUGGCAUCAGAAUGAAUAUAAAUUCAUAUGAAAUACAAAAUACAAAUAAAUUUGAAUCCAAC